AUGUCAGUAUUCUCGGCCAAAACAUUCUCUGCGGUCAAGUACAGCCGGUUCCGGCCAACAUACCCCGCUGAGUUCUACGAACAGCUCCUUGCUUAUCACAAGAAAUGGCAAUGCGAGACCGCACUCGCAGUGGAUGUGGGAUGCGGCCCUGGGACUGCUUCUCGGGCUCUUUUGGAGUACUUUGACGAAGUGGUCGGGUACGAUCUGUCAGCCACGAUGAUAUCUACCGCCAACAAGAUCGCACAGGAUGUACUUCCAUCACAGGAUCUGGACCGCAUCUCCUUCCACGUUUCGCUGGCACACAACCUCGGUCAGAUCGAAGCUAAAACGGUGGACAUGGUCAUUGCGGCCCAGGCCAUCCAUUGGUUCAACCAGGAAUUGUUCUUCAGAGAAGUGCACCGAAUCCUCAAGCCGGGCGGCACCUUGGCGUACUGGUUUUAUAUCGAUGGCAUUUUUGCCAAAGAGUAUGAGGUGAUUAACCAAAUAAUUCAGAAGUUCAUCUACGAGGACUCACGAUAUUUGGGACCCCACUGGGAACAACCUGCGAGGAGGUUAUUGAGAGGGUAUCUUAAAGACGUGGAGGUGCCGACUGAAUGCUUCACAAAGAUCAAAAGGCUGGUCUUUCACGGGAAGGAUGGGUUUGGCAAGAACAGGUUAUCAGGAGGGGAAUCCGACAAAAACAAGGAAGAUGUCCUUUACAUACACAAGUACCUUACCCUAAAUGAGUACAAGUUGUACGUUCAGGUAUCAGCGGCGUACUUCGCGUACAAGGAGCUGCAUAGCGACGAUGAAGAGGAUUGCAUAGAUUUGAUGAUUGAUGAGAUAAACCUGGCCAUGGGCUGGACGUACGAGGAUAACGAUAGUAUUCUCUUGGAGGUUUCCUGGAGCACAGGAUAUGUGUUUGCCAAGGCGUUUUGA